AUAUCCUGCCCUCAACGGAGAGAGAGAGAGAGAGAGAGAGAGAGAGACUGACUGACUGACUGACUGGCUGACUGGUGGUAAAUCUUUCAGCUCUCCGGCACAAAAACUCAGAGGAACAGACGGAGAGCAGAAGAGGCCUGUCUUGGACCGGGACGGUUUUGGAUUUAAUAGAAAAAAAAAAGAUCAAACAAACAAACAAAGAACAAACGGACGGGCGGCGCGCUUUGAAGUUGGGCAGACUACCGAGCCCCGGACAGCCCCCCUCCCCUCCCCGAAUCCCGUGAAGGCAGCGGCGGCACCGGGAGCCCGUGCCCGCGCACCUUGACGAUGAAGCUGCCUCGGCUGCUGGCGCUCGCGGCGCUGCUCGCGCACACCGCCACGGGUCAGACCUGGUCGCCCUCUGUAGACGAUGAAGGCUCUACGAAAGACGACUUCUACGACGACGAGGAUCUCUACUCGGGAUCCGGAUCUGGCUUUCCUGUGAUCAGCGUGAAGCCAACGUCAGCGGGCGUGUCAGUCACCACAGAAGAGCCCCUCCUUCUCUCUACUACCCAGGCCACCGGCCCCGCCCCUUCUGCCUCACCUGCAGCUGAGCCCAGCCCCAACCCCGACCCCACCACCACCCCUUUACCCACUGAGGCUGAUGGGGAAAGCGGCGCCUUCUGGGAGCUCGAGAGGGAGCGGGAGAGGGAGUUGGAGAGGGAACGAGAGAGGGAGAUGGAGAGGGAACGAGAGAAGGAGAUGGAGAGGGAACGAGAGAGGCAGAGGGACCUGGACCGGGAACGAGAGCGAGAGAAGCAGCUGGAGAGGGAAAGGGAGAGAGAGAGGGAAAGGGAACGGGUUCGAGAGAUGGAAAGAGAACGUGAGAGGGAACGAGAAAGAGAGAGAGAACGUGAACGGGAGCGAGAGAAAGAGAGAGAAAGACAGAGAGAACGAGAGAGAGAGUUGGAACAAAUCAGAGCCGCUGCAGCCGCCGCAGCCACCUCAACCACCGCCCCCCCAGGGUCGCCUGCAGCAGUCCCAGUGGUGACCACCAACCCAGCUAUGAGUACCAUGGAAAGCACAGUGCCCUCUGUUGGACUGGAUGACUUCAACACCACAGAGGAAGACGAGGACGUCUACCUGUCUACCGAAGUCACGUCAUCUUACCCGGAAAUCAGUGUGGAAAUCACCACAGAGGAAGACACACCCACCACAACAGAGGUCAUUGCUGGAUCUAGGACGGCUCCACCCACCACCGCUGCCGUCGCCACCACCACUGUUAAGACGAGGGUCUCCUUCCGGCCCAGAGUUCCCAUGAUGACCACUACUCGGGCAUCGCCUAUAGAGAGAACGACGCAGGCACAGCAACCCACGAGGACACAGGUUGGAGCAGAGGAAGGCACGAACGAAAUCGGUGCUACAGGACCGAGUGGCGAUUUCGAGAUCAAUGAGGACGAUCAUCGUAACGACCUCGGCGGGGGCCGUGGCCUGGAUGUGGGGGUGGAGCCUGAUUUGAUUGGCAACACGGUGGACACAGGAAGCUCUGCUGCUCAGCUGCCACAGAAAAACAUCCUGGAGAGGAAAGAGGUCUUGAUUGCGGUGAUAGUGGGAGGCGUGGUGGGGGCGCUGUUCGCCGCCUUCCUGGUGAUGCUGCUGGUGUACAGGAUGAAGAAGAAAGAUGAGGGCAGCUACACGCUGGAGGAGCCCAAACAGGCCACUGUCACCUACCAGAAACCAGACAAGCAGGAGGAGUUUUACGCAUAACACUCGGUACGCCACAGAGACCUGCACAGAGACCUGCACAGCGACGGAGAGAGAAAGAACGAGAGACAGAAGAGAGAAAGAUUCUCUGAGCCCCGUCCUCCUCCUCCUCCUCGUCACUUUCUCCUCCUCCUCCUCCUCAUCUUCAUCUGCUUGUCUCUCCUCAUCCCUCUGUCCUCUCGUGUCCAAAACACUUGAGAGCGCCUUUCUCUCUGCGGACUUGGAACUUGCUUUUCAAUGAAAACAUGAAAAAAAAAGGACUGGGGGAAAAAAAGAGAAAAACCUGAAAUAUAUUCAGACAAAAACCACACACACACACAAGAUGUUUUUAAGUAAAUGUUGUUAUUAAUAUUCUACAGAUUCUCUUGUUCUGAUGUAAUGCUAUGAUUAUUUUGUAAAAAAAAAAAAAAAAAAAAAGACUGAGAAAAAAAAGAAACUCUUAACCUGUGUUUCCAGCACAAAACGUCCUCUUCUGUUUAUGGAGCAAAUGAAAAGCUAAACGUAAGAGAGGGAGCGGAGGAGAGGGGCGGGGCGGGGCGAGACACAAAAGGGAGCAGCGGGUUUGACUCUCUGCCCCUCACCCCAAAAAAAACAUACGGAGCGUCUGGUUGGCCGGACAGAGCCCAGGGUCAAAAGUGAGAGGAAAGGUCUUCUUUGUGCCUUCCAUUCCUCCGGUGCUCAAACGUGCACACAUUUAUGCAACCACGCAGAC